CUCAAAUGAUUCGCUUGUCUCUCUAUAUAAACAUCACAAUCAAUCUCUCCAUAAUCCUACACCAAUUAUUCUCCUCAUAUUCGAUACAUCACAUCUCUAUAACAUCCACAAACAUUUCACCUCUUUGAUCCCUUUUUCGUAUAUAUAACAAUAGUAUUUGAAGCUAUCACAAGGAUGAUUCCUAUAUGCGUGCAGUGCGGAACGGGAGGAAACCCAUGUAGAUGCAAAGUGGUCGGACCGACGUUAGGGCUUGUGGCGUUUUUAGCAGCCGGAGUGGUGGAGUGGCCGGUGGGAGCAUUGGUUUAUAUCUUUAAACAUGCCAAAGGUCGACGUAUUAUGGGUCAUCCGGCUACCCACGUUUAUCCCAAAGUCUCCCGUUCCAUUCCCAUAUGAUUUUGAAUCUCACUUUUGUAUGAGAUUUUAGUAAUUUUACUACUAUUUAUUAUGUUUCUAUGUCGUCGUAAUAAUGUAUUGUAUGUUGUGUUUUAUUUCGUUUCCUUUCUACUAUGAACGUUAAUGCUUCAGCUGUACUUUUAUCCUCGGAGAAGGUUAAUAAAUCUUCGUUUUUAAUUGAACUAA